AUGAAAUUUAAUAUAUAAAUGCCCUUUGCAUCCCGCCUUCUCACUGCCUUGUCUCCAACUAUACGCCCUUUGUGUCCUACCUCCUCUACUUUUAAUAUUUUUAUUCGACGUACCUCGCCGCUUGCGUUAACCUCAACAAUAACAACAACAGCCCCAACAAGGAGACUCAAGACUCAAACUUCAAGCAUCGCAGAGUUCAACUCACAGGAAAAUAAGACGAAUAAGAGAGACAAAAUGACUGGUCAAAACCAAGCGCUCUGGCUCACAGAGCAAGAAGGCGACUUUGUCGUGCGCGAGGCGCCAUACUGGACGCCCGGCCCAGACGAUAUCUUGGUGCGGAAUAAAGCCGUGGCGAUAAAUCCGAUGGACUGGAAAAUCAAACUCUUUGGAAAACAUAUUCCCUUCCCAAGGACUUUUCCUGCUAUCAUCGGCGCAGACGUCGCGGGCGAAGUCGCCGAAGUUGGCGAGAACGUGACCAAAUUCAAAAAGGGCGAUAGAGUUAUUGGCAAAGCAAACUACGUGGCCACCGACCACCCCUCCACCGGCGCUUUCCAGCACUACACUGUCUGCCCUGCAUCUGGCAGCGCGAUUUUGCCUGACUCAAUCUCCUUCGCGGCCGGCUCUGUCCUCCCGCUCGCAAUCAGCACUGCCGCCAUGGGUCUCUAUCCUCCCCACCGUCUCGGCCUACCUCUUCCCUCCCCUUCCUCUGACGCCAAGAAGGGCAAAAUCCUACUAGUAUGGGGCGGCUCAUCCAGCUGCGGCAGCGCGGCGAUCCAGCUGGCCGCCGCAUCGGGGGCGCGCGUGAUCGCGACGGCGUCGGCCAAGAACUUUGCGUUUGUGAAGAGCGUCGGGGCAGAAGAAGUCGUGGAUUACAACGACGAUGAAGAAAAAGUCGUGCAGAGGCUGGUGGAGCGCAUUCGGGCCAUGCAGGGAUCGAGUAAAGACAAUGAAGAUAUAUACGGCGCAAUCGACGCAAUUGGCGAGGACAAGACCUGGCGCGCAACUGCGCAGGUGCUUCACGGGCUGGGAGGCGGCAAAGUAGUGAGCUUCUUGCCGUGGGGACAUGAGGGUGCGCCAGAGGGAGUGGAGGUUCAGGGCUUGAAUGAUACGUCUUCGCUUGGCAAGCUGACGGACAUCAACGAGGCGGUAUGGGGAAGAUUUGUGCCCGAGGGACUCAAGAAUGGUGCGCUCAAAGCGGUCCCUGCGCCCAUUGUUGUGGGUAAGAGUCUCGACGCGCUCCCGGAGGAAAUAAUGAAGAGCCAAGCGGGCGUCUCGGCGGGGAAGCUUGUCAUUGAGCUUUAAUGUAUACGGGAAUAGUCGAAGAAAACGAAUUAGGACUAUUACGGGAAAGCAGCGAAUUUU